GUUUUGAGUCCGCCGUUAAAUAAUUUUUUUUUUUUUUUUUUUAACUGGUUGUGUAGAAAGUACAAGCGGUAUGCAAAUUAGGGAAAUCCCCGUGUCUGGUGAUCGUGGCGUAUUGCAACAGCGAACAAGUCGGAAAUAUUUCGCUUCCAUUAGAUUAAGAAGAAAUUUGCUGUACGGACAGACGUCUACACACAAAGACAGACCAAAGUUCUACAAUGGCAGCUAAAGAUUCUGAAGCCAAAUCUGGAUUUGCCGAUAACUGGCAGCGCGGGAAAUCUCUCAUAGAAUGUCUGCGUUAUUCAUUGCAACAAAAAUCUCACUGUGACGUCACGUUCCAGGUCGGGAAAGACAGGAAGUCUAUACCAGCUCACAGACUGAUAUUGACUCUUCGAAGUGGCGUGUUUGAAGCAAUGCUAACUGGACCGCUGGCAGAACAAGAGAAUAUCGCCGUGCCGGACAUAGAAUCAGACAUUUUCGAACAGUUCCUCAUUUUCCUAUAUACCGAUGACGCCAUACUUGAUUCAAAGAACGCAGUCGGACUUUUGUAUUUAUCCAAAAAAUAUGACGUAACGCCCCUGGAACAGAAGUGUCUGGCAUAUUUGGAGUCAUCGAUAUCGUCACAUAAUGCCUGCGUCGUGAUGGAACAGGCCCAUUUCUAUGACGAACACGACUUGAAGGUCAAGGCUAAGGAAUAUAUCUGUGAAAACGGCAACACAGUUCUAAAAUCGCCUGGCUUCACUGAUCUGUGUCACUCGUGUGUUCUCGAGAUCACGGAAACAGACAAACUGGUCGCAUCUGAGGAGGAAGUAUUUGAAGCCGUGAACGCUUGGAGUGAGGCGGAAUGCAGACGACAAGGAAGGGAGAUAACCCCUGUUAACAAGAGGAGCGCACUCGGGAAGGCGUUGAUGAACGUGAGGUAUUGUCUUCUUGGUCAGAAAUAUUUUGUGGAUACCAUUUCACCAAAUAAACUGCUGACUGAAAGUGAAGAAAAUACUAUCAUGAAAAACUUAAUCUCUCCCGAUACAUCUGUUUUACCUUUCAAAAAGGAGCCUAGAUGCAGGACAGGAAAGCUUAUUACUGCUUAUCUGUUAGAACAAGACAGUGACGAAUUCGAUCCUCCUGUUUCUGCUAGUUCUGCUGAGUACAUAACUGCGUGUUAAUCAAAACUGUGCUCUACAAGACUUUAACAUCUUGAGUUAAUCUUAUGGAUUCAGAGCCUUUGUGCGCGAUGAACAUACUGGUGCCGUUGUAGGUGAGGCACAUGAUGGAACGACAACAGGCUGGCUUGUUAAGUUCCAGGAUCAAAUCAGGAUUGUCAAAGACGGGAAAUACAGUCUAGUUGUUAAGUGUCAUGAAGAACAUUCAAAUCUGUUUGCUGAAUUAAGCGACAUAGCAGAAGAGGGAGACUUUGCCUGCCGCUUCUUAAAUAGCAUUAUAAACGAUGGCCAUGUGGUGCGGAGCACUCCAAGCGAUUCUUGUCAUCACGUGGUACUGAGCUUAGUCUUUCGAGUUUAAUGUUAUUGCUGUUGUAACCUGUUUAGAACUUUAUCGUUGUGACAUCGAUACACAUAGCGAUGACCAAUUCUCACACGUCACACAAGCAUGACACUUAAACAACAAACACUUAAAACAAAGAAGAAAAAACUAGCACACACAAAGCUACCUUUUACACGUGUUGCAAAAUCACAAAACAAAAUGCAUGGAAAAUAUAUUUGUGCGAGUUGCCGUUAGUAAGUGGAUACAAAAAAACGUUAUGUGAGACCCUACGAAUUUUAAUAUUGUUAACAUGUCUGAAUAAUCUAAUCGACAAAUUUUCUGUGUGUCAUCCUGGUCGUCUUGCUGAAUAUUAUCCAGUGCUCUUUAUAUAGUCAUAUGUUUUGCAACUCACUAGGAAUAUUGUUUUCCAUGGAAUGGGUGUAGGAUAAAAUAAAAAGAAGAGGAAGGAAGGGAAAACAAACUAUCAAAGAAGAAGAAAACAAAAACGGGAGGUAACUCACAAAUCUGUGAGAGCUGGAAGCUACAAUACAUUUCCAGUCUCUGGGAUGAAAAACCUGAACAGAAAAUCACCAAGACCACUCGUCACCCACUCGUAACAUUGGGUCCAGAGUGAGCCGAUACAUCAACAUUAUUACAUAACAAUAAUGACUUGUAUCGUUCCACACCUAGAUAUAAUGUUUGCAAAAACGAAAAUUGUAAAAAAAAAAAAGUUCGGGAACAUGCCAAAUGUUUUUUUAUCUAGGUAGGUUCGGUUUUGUUUCUUGUAGAUUUUGGCUUAUUUUUCUUAUGCAUUCAAGAAAUCAUAACACAAUAAUGCAUUGAAACAAUACAUACAUAUAUUACAUAGUUCAUUACACCGCGGUGGAAAAGAUAUCCAUGUGAUAUUGAUCGUCUCUUCACAUUGUGGAGUAUGCCUUUUGAGAGGUCACGAUCUCUGAUCAGGUGAUCGACUAUGUCACACAGUACAACUCAUAGAUGUUUAUAAAAUCUAUUGCAUUAAAUUACCCGAAAACCUGUGCACUAUCCUUCUGGAAUUCAGAACAUGUAAUCAUUAUUAUUUACCCAUAGCAACAGGAUGCCGGAAUAGCACCCCAGUUGAAACCAGAUUAUGUACAUUGUGUGAAGGAAAUGCUAUUUAAAUGUAAAUAUUUCAUGAACACACGCAAAAAGACGUAUAAAGACAUAUUAUUAUUAUUAUUAUUAUUAUUAUUAUUAUUAAAAUAAACCGUAGCAUACUACAAUUCAAAGAACUAUUUAGUUAUAAUAGCAUAAGCACCCUUCAUAAAAUGUAAAAAUGCAUUGAAAUUAAAAGAGAAAAUAAGCAAACCUUAAACAGACCCCUCCAAUAUCACUACACACUGUUUAAAAUGCUGAAUUAUAAAAAAUCUUAUUACUGUAUUAAAUUUUGAUCAUGUCUUCAUUUUAAAAUGUGUGUAUAGCUAUUUUUAAUUAUGUUUGUAUAUAUUCUGCAAAGAACUCCUGUUGUCAUCUUGUCACUGUAAAUACCCAUUGUACAAUAAUUCCUCAUAUGCUGUCGUUUGACGGUCUGAGUGUACCGAAAUAAAGCUUCAAAAUUUCAUGUACAUGUAGUAAUUUUAUUUGCGGAUUUGUUGUUAUUGGUGAUUAAAUA